AGGGGAAAAAACGGCCGCGGUGGGCGCUGGGGGUGGCAACGGAACGGCAACGCGGGCUUAGCGCGCCCUGGGACGCGAUCUCUGCGCCUGGGGGAAGAUGAACACGGCCAACAAGGUCCGGGUCGGGCCCGCGGCCGACGGGCCUGCGCCGCCCGGGGAGGAGGAGGGCGAGGGUGGCGGCGAGGCAGGCGGGAAGGAGCCGGAGGCGGACGCGGCCCCCGGGCCCAGCGCCUCGUUCCGCCUCAUGGUGACUCGGCGGGAGCCGGCCGUGAAGCUGCAGUACGCGGUGAGCGGCCUGGAGCCUCUGGCCUGGUCUGAGGACCACCGCGUGUCUGUGUCCACCGCCCGCAGCAUCGCUGUGCUGGAGCUCAUCUGCGACGUGCACAACCCAGGCCAGGACCUGGUUAUCCACCGCACCUCGGUGCCCGCCCCUCUCAACAGCUGUUUACUUAAAGUUGGCUCAAAAACAGAAGUUGCUGAGUGCAAGGAGAAAUUUGCCGCCUCUAAGGACCCCACAAUCAGUCAGACUUUCAUGUUGGAUAGAGUGUUCAACCCUGAGGGAAAGGCCUUGCCGUCAUUGAAGGGAUUCAAAUAUGCUAGCUGGUCCCCCAUGGGUUGUGAUGCUAAUGGCAGGUGCCUCUUAGCAGCACUGACUAUGGACAAUCGCUUGACUAUCCAAGCCAACCUCAACAGACUACAGUGGGUCCAACUGGUUGAUCUGACUGAGAUUUAUGGAGAACGUCUUUAUGAGACCAGUUACAGGCUCUCCAAAAAUGUAGCCCCAGGGGGAAAUCUUGGAGAUUUUGCUGAGUUUCAGAGGAGACACAGCAUGCAGACCCCAGUCAGAAUGGAGUGGUCAGGCAUCUGUACUACCCAGCAGGUCAAGCAUAACAAUGAAUGUCGGGAUGUCGGCAGUGUGCUUCUGGCAGUCCUCUUUGAAAAUGGUAAUAUUGCCGUGUGGCAGUUUCAGCUGCCGUUUAUAGGAAAGGAAUCCAUCUCUUCAUGCAACACAAUUGAGUCCGGAAUCAACUCUCCUAGUGUUUUGUUUUGGUGGGAAUAUGAGCACAAUAAUAGGAAAAUGAGUGGCCUUAUUGUGGGGAGCGCUUUUGGACCUGUAAAAAUUCUUCCUGUCAAUCUCAAAGCAGUCAAAGGCUAUUUCACUCUAAGGCAGCCUGUUGUCUUGUGGAAAGAAAUGGACCAGUUGCCUGUGCACAGCAUCAAGUGUGUACCACUUUAUCAUCCUUACCAGAAGUGCAGUUGCAGCCUAGUGGUGGCUGCAAGAGGCGCCUAUGUAUUUUGGUGUCUUCUUCUGAUUUCCAAAGCAGGGCUCAAUGUGCACAAUUCCCAUGUCACGGGCCUUCACUCCCUGCCAAUCGUGUCCAUGACUGCAGACAAACAGAAUGGAACGGUCUAUACUUGUUCCAGUGAUGGCAAAGUGAGGCAGUUGAUUCCCAUUUUCACAGAUGUUGCAUUAAAGUUUGAACACCAGUUGAUUAAACUGGCGGAUGUGUUUGGCUCGGUGAGGACUCAUGGGAUAGCAGUGAGCCCCUGUGGUGCGUAUCUAGCCAUCAUCACCACUGAGGGCAUGGUCAAUGGCCUGCAUCCCGUUAACAAAAACUACCAGGUCCAGUUUGUUACUCUCAAAACCUUUGAAGAGGCAGCUGCUCAGCUCCUGGAAUCUUCAGUUCAGAAUCUUUUUAAGCAGGUAGACUUAAUAGACCUAGUACGUUGGAAGAUUUUAAAAGAUAAACAUAUUCCUCAAUUUUUACAAGAAGCUCUGGAAAAAAAGAUUGAAAGCAGUGGGGUCACAUAUUUUUGGCGUUUUAAGCUUUUCCUCCUGAGGAUUUUAUAUCAAUCAAUGCAGAAAACCCCUUCAGAAGCCUUAUGGAAACCUGCCAAUGAGGACUCAAAAAUGUUACUCAUUGACUCACCUGGGAUGGGCAACGCCGAGGAUGAGCAGCAAGAAGAAGGCAGUUCUUCCAAACAGGUGACUAAGCAAGGCCUGCAGGAGAGGAGCAAAGACGGUGAUGCCGAGGAGCCCACUGAUGACUCGCUCCCCCAGACUGCAGACGUUGGAGGCCGCGAGCCAAUGGAGGAGAAACUUCUAGAAAUCCAAGGGAAAAUUGAAGCUGUGGAGAUGCACUUGACCAGGGAACACAUGAAGCGUGUGUUAGGAGAAGUGUAUCUGCACACCUGGAUCACAGAAAACACCAGCAUCCCGACCAGAGGACUCUGUAACUUCUUAAUGUCUGAUGAAGACUAUGAUGACAGAACAGCACGGGUGCUGAUUGGACACAUCUCAAAGAAGAUGAACAAACAAACCUUCCCUGAGCACUGCAGUUUGUGUAAAGAGAUCUUGCCAUUCACAGAUCGCAAACAGGCUGUCUGUUCCAACGGCCACAUUUGGCUCCGGUGCUUUUUAACCUAUCAGUCCUGCCAGAGUUUGAUAUACAGAAGAUGUUUGCUCCAUGACAGCAUUGCCCGGCAUCCAGCUCCCGAAGAUCCUGACUGGAUUAAGAGGCUACUGCAGAGCCCCUGCCCUUUCUGUGAUUCCCCUGUCUUCUGAAUGUCAGUGUGGGAAGAUGGAAGGGCAUGAGCCCUGCUGUAGCAAACACGCUCUAGCCUGAAGAGGCAUGUGCUGGAGGAAGCCUGGCCCUCGCAAGUGGAGCGGCACCUUUGUGAUUGUAAAGAACUCAUUUCUGAAGGGCACUCUCCAUCUCUAGGGACUAAAGGAUGUCUCUUAAAAAUGACUGCGGAGAUUUUGAGUCAUUUUGGAACGUUGCCCUGACCCCUUACCCAAUGAGGAACACUUAUUUUUCAAGUGUCUUGACUGAAGCAGUUUGAACAAAAAGAAUGUCCUGUCGUUUCCAGGAACAGAGUGGUCUCUUCUAGAGAGUUUAGAUAAGGGCCCAACUGGGCUGAGUUGGGUUUUAAUCCUUGGUUUGGUCUGGAACUGCUUUGUGGCUCUAAAGAGCUUAAACUACCUGGUACAUGGCUUUUGAUUAAAAGUGUCCAAAACAACAUGUGGCCUGAUGUUUUGUUCCAGUAAAUAGCUGCAGAUCUGUAACCUGUCAAUUAUGGGUUUCCAUAACCUGUCAAUUAUGGGUGUGCAGAACACCUUUUUCUAAAACUGUAAGAAGUUGAAGCCAAGACUAAAGUUGGGUUUAAUGCUUCAAGUGAUCAGCUUAACUAUUAUAAGUUAAUCGUAAGCGACUUUUUUUCUCUCCUGUGUCAUUAGACUCCCUGACCCACUCUAAUUUGUAUGAAGAUGUCAGUACUCCACUUCACCCAUGACACAGCCCUACUUCAACCUGCCUGAAAUAACCUAAAUGAGAUACUUGUACAUAAAAAAGAUACUUUCUUUCUUUAGUAUUAAACCAAAAUGGUCUGUAUUUUAAAUGUGGACAUUUCCAGAUGUUUCAUUAGGGUAGGAGUCUGUCUAGAGACUUGUAGAGAGGGGACAGCUCAGAAGUGGAGACCUUCGAGCUCUGGUGCUACAAGUGUGUGCAGCUUAGUUGAGCAGAGCCUGGGAUUGCCUUCUCUCUGUGUAGGUCCUUGGUAUUUGGAAUACAGUUUCCCACCACCCCACUCCCCAUGGGCUUUUAUGAGGCCUUGUCAGACAUCAGUUGAUUAAUUGCUCUUAAAACCUAAAAGACAUUAUGGAAUUACAGUGUUCUUAGAGUCUUAAAACAAGUGCCCUGUUAUGUAGGAUUCUGAUAGGGGACUGUGCCAACUAACAGGACCCGUAAGGCACGCGUCCUAGAAUGGUUGAUACUUCUGUAAAGGGUAGGAAAUACAAAAUAUGAAAUUACAACUCCUGCCUGUCUCGUGUUGUCUUUUUCCCUUUAUUCUCACUUUAGAAAUAACAUUUUGAGGGCAGCUCCUGUGGCUCAAGGAGUAGGGUGCUGGCCCCAUAUACCGGAGGUGGCGGGUUCAAACCCAGCCCCUGCCAAAAAAAGAAGUAACAUUUUGAUAUUCGGAAUACAUUGAAAUGCUGAUCCUUCACCCCUGUGGACAGGUAGUAGAGAUAAGAGCCUGCUCUGAAAUGUCUCCUUUCCUAAUUCAAAAGGCUUUGUCCCCUGUGUUUAAUUAUGUAUUUGCUGUAGUCUUCUGCUUGUUUUUCUUGUUUUAGUGGUAAUUUCAAGAAUAGUGUUUUCAAGAAAGAGAACCAGGCAUCAUUGAAAUCAUGACUAACACAAUUCUGAACAAUGUAUAUUUGAAGUCUUUGUGCCUGCAGCUGCUUCUUUUACUUUAUAAUAAAUGUAACAGUAAAAAUUGAGAUCCUGUCAAAAAAUUAUUGCUGUUGUAAUAAUCAUGGCUUGCUUAGUUUCACUUAUUUUUUUUUUAUUCCUUUUCAGAGUCAGUAGGGAUUUGUUCUUACUGGGAUAUUUUGUGCUGUUGCCAUUUAUAAAACUUAUGUUUUUAUUUAGCAGUUGUACACUUUUGAGAAAAUGUAACUGUCAGUAACUAGAAAGCAUCUUCUACAUUAGUUUGUAUGUCUCUGUAAGAAUCAAUAUGUCUACAAUUUUACUAGAACUUUGAUUCUCUGCUGGGCCCUGGCCCAGUAAUACUCUGAAGACUCCCAAACCUCCCCCAUCCAUGGGGAGGUAAAUCAUUGUGCUGGGAAAAUAAGAAGCGAUAUGAAUCAAUGGUGGCCUCACCAACACACGCUUCUGAAUUCCUGAGAGUGUCGGUCAGUGAAACCUCGGGAAGAUGCAAGUGGCGCUGGAAAUCUUUAUUUCAUUUUACUUAGAGGCAGGGCUCGCUUUGUCACCCAGUUACUGUCGGCUGAGUGCAGUGGUGCGAUCGUGCCUCACUGCAGCCUUGAACUUAGCACCUGGAAUCGUCUAAGUGCCUCUUCUAGUUUAUAUUUAUCGCACCCUCUCUACCUUCCUCAAACUUGCCUGGUCUGUUGGUAGAUUAAGUUGAUUUCAUGUGUAACUGUAAUAACUGUUUCAGGAAUGGGACAAAUAGUAGACGUGAUAGUGCUGAACUGCAUUUAAAGAUUGUAUGCAAUUAGACUUUAAAGCUACAGCAUUGUUACAUUUUGGGAGUCUGAUAUGUAUGCACGUUUCACAGUUUGUCUGCCUGGGGUUAAUUUGUUCCUAUUAUACUAGAUAAGAAAUCGAUAGCAUAUUAUGCUUGAUAUUCAUUCUGAAAUCCUUAUGCGUCCACCAUCCAGACUUCAAGCAGUCUCUACCUACUGUUAUAUCUACCAAAACUACCAAUUAUUUUUCAGUGUCAGAAGUUAUUAGAACCACUGGUGAAACUUGUGGUUGAGCGUGACAUUUUUCUGCUUUUCCUUGUUAAGUUUUUGAGCAUGUUAACGUUGAAGUGUAUAAGUUGGAGCUGUUAGCAAGUUGAACAGGUUAAUUAGGUUAGAAGAAUGUUAAAAGGUGAUUAAAUAUUAAAUACAUUCUGUUAUAAUGGUAUCAGAUAAGAUACAAAAGAAAUGGAUGCCUAUAGGUGCUUGUUAAGAGGAUUACAGUUCUCGUUCUGUGAGCACCUGCUCCCCUUGCGGCGGUUAGACUGCCUCGAGUUUGGCGAGUUCCUCCAGUUCCUAGAAUAGUAUCACCAGAUGAUUUCCACAGGCUUUAUCUAUGCUUUCUGCCCUGACUGCUCUCUCUAUUGCUUUUCCUUCCCAAAGAAUCCUUCUUGGUUCCCAUUCCUUUAGUUUUCUCAUCUUUAGGAUACCUUCAGAGCGAACAGAUUUCAUGUUUGAAAGAAAAAUGGAUCAAUGAUAAAAUCUCUAAGAGCUAAAUCAUGUAGUGAGUUUCCCUACCCAGAAGAAACUAUUCAACACCAGUAUUUCUAAAGGUAAGUAAGAGUAUUGUUAACAACUUGGUAAACUGUAUCUGGUUUUCUUCAAAACUUGUAAUUUCUUUGCCAGGGUGCUUAAUAACUCUUGGUGGGGCUUUAGGCUAAGGGCUGCAAAAUUUUAGCUCCUUGCCGCCACUCAUCCCCACCCCAGCCAGGGUUAUUCUUCACGAGCAAAAAUUCUGGUUAAAUUAAAGCCGAAUGGGUUACAUCCAAAGGCAGUCCCAGCAGCAAGUAGGCAGACCAAUAAGUGAGUCUCUUUGUGAUGAGCCCACCAGGGACUGUUGGAGUCUCCACGUGGCUUGCUUGCGUCUGUCUGCGCCUACGCUUCUGCCUAGUGCUGCAUCGAGCAAUUCAGCGAGACUGGGGUCGUCUCAAGAAAAUCUGUCCUUUCCCCUCAAGGUGGUUGGGUUUUUACAGCUCUAAAGCAGUGUUUUUCAACCUUUUUUGUCUCAUGGCACACUUGAACCUAAACUUCCUUGGCACACUUAAAUUAUGUUGAUCAAAAAAAUAAAUAAAUGAAAAAGUAUACUUCCUAUGCUUUGAACUUCUCUCAAAAUAAUUUAAUUAAUCUUAAAUUUUGGCAGCACACCACGGCACACCAUUAUGCACAGCACACCAGUUGAAAAUUGCUGCUCCAAAUGAUCUAACUGAAAUGAAUUGUUUUCAUUUAGUUGUUAUUGAAAGUGUCAUCUGGCAGCAUGGCAGUUUGGACCAUGUCUUAAUGCCCUCAUGGUUUUCUUGAGUCUAAGAGGGGAUUUUUGCAGUAAAGACACUUCCUGCCUGCUAACAUGGUAGCAGCUAUCCAGCUUCACCAUGGAGCAUGUGAAAUUUGUCCUUGAUGGAAUUAAGCCAAACUCAAAGAACUCAAGAGUUGCUUCUAAUUAUCUAAAGUAAUUCCCGGUAUAGCUGCAGGCCUUUCAGAAACUUGUGAACUCCUUUCCAUGGAACAGUCAUAGAUCAAUAUUUACCCAAUGCCUUGCAGGCACAGGCAGCCUCCCACCUGCAGAGAUGAUCUAAGAUGGGGCUGUUUCUGAAAACUUAUGUGAAAA